CAUUGAUUAAUUUAAUAAUAAAUUGACCUCGAAAUAUACUAUUUUUUAUUUAUUAUUCAUGAAAAACGAAACACGUGACCGAUAGAAUGAAUACAGCAUUACUAAAUGAAAUGAGGAUAGUUGAAAAUACUUUGUACAGGAAAGUUAACUUAUGGAUUAACUUAAAAAAAUAUCAAACAUCAUGCUGGAAUGCAACACAGAAAAGUGGAUCAACAAACCGCACAACUAUUGACACACCAAAUGUUGAAAAAUUUACAGAGAUGUCUAAGGAAUGGUGGAAUCCUAAAGGACCAACUUAUGCCUUACAUUCUAUGAAUUUAGUUCGAGUGCCAUUCAUUAGAGAUGGUCUGGUACAAUGUGCACCAAAUGAAAGAACUACAAUGCCACUGAAAGACAAAAAACUUUUGGAUGUGGGUUGUGGUGGUGGGAUCUUAUCUGAGGCUCUAAGCAGACUUGGUGCAAAGGUUACUGGUAUAGACGCAAACAAAGAAUUAGUCCAAAUAGCACAAUACCACAGUGACAUAAAUAAAGAAUUGAAUGUUAAACCAAAAUACCACCAUACUACUAUUGAGGAACACUCAAAAGAAUUUAGUAAUUACUACGACGGUGUAAUCGCAUCGGAAGUAAUAGAGCAUAUAGUAGACAAAGAGCUAUUUAUCAAAUCAUGUAUACAGGCGCUCAAACCAGAGGGACGAAUAUUUUUCACCACUCCAACAAGAACUCGAAUUACCCAAUUUCUCGGAAUAUGGCUUGCGGAAUAUGUCGUAAAUAUAAUACCGAAAGGAACGCACCAAUAUGAGUUGAUGAUGACACCAACAGAACUAACCUUUUUGUUAGAAAGAAAUAAUUGUCAUGUAGAGUUAAUAUACGGUCUUAUAUAUAAUCCUCUCACAAACAAAUGGGGUUUUGUUAAUUCACAACAGUUAUUAUUUGCUCUACAAGCUGUUAAACUAAAGUAAUGUUUAUUUAUUUAUCAAAUGUUAUAAUAAAGGUGUUAUUGUUUUA